CCCGCCUGGCCUGAGGGGAGGAACUGGCCGGGUCUUAACGCGCGGCCCCGGCACCUCCGGAGUCGCUGCCACUGCCUGCCGAGCGCUGUAGUCGAAGCUGCUCCCUUGCCCCUCACGCCGACGCCAUGAAGAUCAAGGAUGCCAAGAAACCCUCUUUCCCAUGGUUUGGCAUGGAUAUUGGGGGAACUCUAGUAAAGCUCUCAUAUUUUGAACCUAUUGAUAUCACAGCAGAGGAAGAACAAGAAGAAGUUGAGAGCUUAAAAAGUAUCCGGAAAUAUUUGACUUCUAAUGUAGCAUAUGGAUCCACUGGCAUUCGCGAUGUACACCUGGAACUAAAGGAUUUAACACUUUUUGGCCGAAGAGGGAAUUUGCACUUUAUCAGAUUUCCGACCCACGACCUGCCUACUUUUAUCCAAAUGGGAAGAGAUAAAAAAUUCUCAACAUUACACACGGUGCUAUGUGCUACAGGAGGUGGUGCUUACAAGUUCGAAGAAGAUUUUCGCACAAUUGGAAACCUCCACCUGCACAAACUGGAUGAACUUGACUGCCUUGUAAAAGGCUUGCUGUAUAUAGACUCUGUCAGUUUCAAUGGACAGGCAGAGUGCUAUUAUUUUGCUAAUGCCUCAGAACCUGAGCGAUGCCAGAAGAUGCCUUUUAACCUGGAUGAUCCCUACCCACUACUGGUAGUGAACAUUGGUUCGGGAGUCAGUGUUUUAGCAGUCCAUUCCAAAGACAACUAUAAGCGAGUGACUGGAACAAGCCUUGGAGGAGGUACCUUUUUAGGUUUAUGUAGCUUAUUGACUGGCUGUGAAAGUUUUGAAGAGGCUCUUGAAAUGGCAUCCAAAGGUGACAGCACCCAAGCAGACAAGCUGGUCCGUGAUAUUUAUGGAGGAGAUUAUGAAAGAUUUGGCCUGCCGGGUUGGGCUGUGGCAUCUAGUUUUGGAAAUAUGAUUUAUAAGGACAAGCGAGAAUCUGUUAGUAAAGAAGAUCUGGCAAGAGCUACUUUAGUUACUAUCACCAAUAACAUUGGUUCUGUGGCACGGAUGUGUGCAGUCAAUGAGAAAAUAAACAGAGUUGUCUUUGUUGGAAACUUUUUACGUGUCAAUACUCUCUCAAUGAAACUCUUGGCAUAUGCACUGGAUUAUUGGUCAAAAGGUCAACUGAAAGCAUUGUUUCUAGAGCAUGAGGGAUACUUUGGAGCAGUUGGUGCACUUCUCGGACUGCCAAAUUUCAGCUAAAGCGUCAGGUUUCUCUCUGCUAAUAAAUGUCACCCAAGAGGAACUGAAAACCAGAGGCAUUAUUACUGCAUUGUUUGUCACUGGGAACCAAAGGAUAGAGAUUAGCACUAUUCCUGUUGGUUUUUAAAUGUCAAAGCGCUAAGCUGCUGAAUGUUGCCAUAAUACAGUAAAGGAGAGAACUCCGGCACAUGUCACGUAUCCCUAGUUGAAGUGCUUUCCCCUCUGUAUAUAGCCAGUGCUUAAAUCCUUAAAUGCAAUACAGCCUCUGAUUAUUGAGCUUCCUCUGAAAAAGGUUUUUCUAUUUUAUGUAGCCAGCAUUGCAGCACUGUCUGCUCACACACAGAAUCUUCAAAUCUCAGAAAUGUUUAAAAAAGUUUAGCUUAUGAAAAUAAUUCUGAAUAUUUGUUACAAGUCUGUUUUAUGUGCAUUUUGGUUAUUAGUGAGCAACUGUAAUAUACCCAGUAUCAAAAAUUACUGAAAGUCAAUCAAAUAUGAUCAUUUUUAUGUGAUUUUAGAAAUAUCAAGGCAAUAUUAAUUAUUCAUUCUUACAGUUUUUCUAACAUAUCUCCUCCCAGAAAGCAUGUUUACAUGAUCUUUCCCCCGAAGUAUAACCUUUUGCAAUUAUUAUUAAAUUUUAACCUAACUUUUAAAAUAAAUCUAGAAAAUGCACAUAUUUGGUGAUACUGCACUUUCUGUAUUCUAUUAGUUAUAACUAAUCGAUACAUUUAAAAAUGUUUUGAAUUUGGAGACUUCAUUACUUGUUUGGAAGUCUGUGUAAUAGGCCCUAGGACUGUUCUCUUAUGGCCUGAGUGUAUCAGAGUUAGUGCUCUUUCUAUACCAGAUUAUUACCUCAGGCCCAAACUUAGUCGUUCCUUCUGAACCGUCAAAGCUAAAGACUUUAUUCUGCUAUGAACUGCAGCAACAGAAUCAUUUAUUCUGAAAGAAUGGUAUGGAAAUCUGAAUGAUGAGUUGUUUUGAAACUUUGUGGGUGUCAGGCAGUAUCGCAGAAUUAUGAAAGGAUCAAUGUUUUCGCGCAUUCUGGUAAUAAAAGCAUUACCGUUCCAAAAUGUGUAAAUCCACUUGCCUUGGAAAAUAUGCUCUAUUUUGAAAUCAUUAUUUUUUAUAAUGUUUUAAAGGUUUUCAGAUUUUUACUUUGAACAGUUAAUAGUUUGGAGGUUCCAUAGUUCAGUGAGGUUGUUGGGGUCUGCUUCUCAUGGUUUUGGAAGUAGAAAGACUUGGGGAAAAAAGUUACCUCCAUAAAUUACCAGUAAAUCUGGAUGGAUUUUGAAGAGUUUAAAAAUUGUUUAUGUGAAGAAAUAUAUUGUGUUUCUGUGGGCCAUAAUUUUGCUCAAGUGUGCACAAUUGAGAGCAAUUUUCGGUAAACCUGAGGUGCUUGGUAGAGAUUUCUCUGUGUACUUUUCCAAAAUCAUGCUCAAAUACUUAAAACAGUUUUCUUUAUCUAAAGACAUGAACAUACAGAUAACGAGAGUGAGUGUUUAGAGGGGAAAGUAUGUAGAGGUAAUUUUUUAGAAUUUAGAAUUCGUGUUAAUCAGUAGCCGAUUUAAAACCUCAGUGACUUCCUUCUCCUUGGUUUAAUGUUUCUGUUGUAGCAACUAGAUAGUUCAGUCAGAAUGCCAUUGUUUUAAAUAAAGUUUAUGUAUCACUUCCCAUUGAUACUGAUUAGGCAGUAAAAUUGCUGAGGACACAUCCUGGCAGUUUCUAAGAAUCUUUUUCUCUUCUUUAUAAAACUGAUGACUUGUAUUCCUACACCCAGACAGUUUUAGUCUGUUUUAUUCCCCAAAGACCAAAGUAUUAGUAGACAUACUUGCCCGUUGAUAUGGGUGUCCCUUACUCAGCUACUCUAAAUUAAAUAGAUGAGAAAUAGGCUUACUUUCUUUAGUUUAGGAAAAGCCAACGCCAUUUCCAAUUAUAUACAUAAUUAUUGAAAGUCCUCCAAGAGGCUCAAAUAUUUUUGCCAAAAAGUCCAUAAAGACUUCUGGAAUGCAGAUGUGAUCGCUAUAUUGUGAGUACCAGUUCCUGAAACACUCAGUCCAUUUCUGAAGCAGAAUGACGCAGCUUUAAGUGGAGGUCUUCUUGUCCUGUGGUGCUCUUGCCUUUUAAAGAGUAGUCUGUCGCAUCUUGCCUUGAUUUUUAAGGUUGUGUUCUUGUGUGGGAGACCUACCCAGGCAAUAGUUCCAGAUGUCCUUUAUAACCACUCUGCUUUUACACACAAAAUUUUUUUCUAUUUUUUUUUUCUGUCAUGCACUUUAUGCUUUUUACUCUCUUGAAUUUGAGAAUGUAGUUUAAAAAUUCUUCUUUAAAAGCUAUGUAAGAACUGAAAGGAUAAUGACCAGGAAAAUGAGUAUAUAUAGUAUUUUGAUUUGACUUAAUGUUUUGUGGUAUUUGUAAACAAAAUACCAGAAACAUACUGCCUUUUGUAAUAAUGACAUUAUUUAAGAUGUUUUGCCAUGAAUGUCAGUACUGUUCUAUUUCCCAGUAAGUAUGCAUAUUAAAGUGUUUAUUUUAGUGUGUUUUAUUCUAACACAAAAGGGAUUCAUACAGCUUUAUUUCUUCAGCGUUAUUAUUCAAAGCCCUAUCAUCAGAUGAACUCAGAAAAUAAUGUGCUUUUCUGUAUUGCUGCCUGUUUUCAAUAUUUGGGACAGUAGCUGUCUUAUUUUAUACUGAGCCAAGUAAUAAUCAGUAAAGACCCAAGAGGACUGAAUAGUUUUAACUUUAAAAUGUAUAAGUAGGUCAUUAAAAAUAAUGGUGGCAUGAAAAGUGAAUUCAUUGUAACUUUUCUGCCACAUUUAAAUUUAGUAAUUUUCACUUGCAGAAAGUUAAAGUGGUUUCUUAAAACUUAGCAGUCCGUGUCUUGGGUUAUGCGGUAGACAUGAGGUCAUAAUUUGAUGUUGCAUUAGACAUCGCACUGUCACUGUUCUCAUUUCCCUAAACAUUAAUUCAUUUGUAGAAUGAGAGAAUUAAACUGAAACUCUUGAGGUCUGUUCUAGCUCUAAGAUGUUUUGUUAAAAUGGGAAAUAACUCGUAUUAUCCCAAGAAAAGACAGUUGUUUUAUUCGUGGCAGUAUUUGGGAUAACUGAAACAGUUUGUUCAGAUAUUUGAGGUCAUAUUUUACAGUUUAGUGCUUAUGUAGCAUUUUUAUAAUUACUACAUAAUUUUUAUUUGUAUGUGUUAAUAGGUACUAGAUUUUGGAUUCUCACCAAACCAAUAGAGUGGAUAGCAAUUACUUCUCUCAUAAUGUUGUUAUUGUCAAGUAGAUGAAUCUUAAUAUGAAGGUUUUACGUGUGUGUACACAAACACAUCUUAGUGUUCAGUAACUUUAUAAAAGUGUCUGGAAUUUUUACUGUGUUUAUGCUAAAAUCAUGGGCAUUAUUAUAACAAGUUUUUCACUGUACAAAAAAACAUUCCACUAGGCAUUUGAAAAUCAGGUCUAUGUAUUUUUUGUAGCCCUUUCCUUUAAGCUGUUUUUAUUUCAGAUUAUUGUAAGUACAAACGUGGAAUAAAUCUAUGCUGGAAUUAUUUGUUGCUGUUGUCAAACACAACUCAGCAAAAUUUAAAACAAGAGUUUAAUUACCUGCAAGUGAGUUGAAAUACCAUCGGUUACAGACAUAUCCACAUUAAGUGUUGAAGGCUCAGUACUUUUAUCAUUAGGACUGUCUGGGUAAUCAGAUGGACACGUGUUUGACAUUCCUAACUACUAAUGACAGCAAACGGACCAGUGAGCUGGUGCUGGGGCUUUUCAAGUGCCACCGUUAGUGCCGAAUGAUGUGUUUGGGGGAAAAUGGUUUUUAUUUUUUUAGGGGGAAAAAAACUUUAAAAUUCUGGCCCCAAUAGUCCCAGGUUGUUUUUGUGUUCUCUUGUAGAUUUUAUUUUAGUCUUUUCUUUUACUGCAAAUGCUACGAAUUUUAUGUUUAAAAAACUAAGGAGGAAUGUAUUUUUCAAAGGAAUGAGUGAAGUGAAAAAUUAAGGUUUUUAAUUUGAAUAAAUAUGCAACUAAAUUCAAUCUCCGAUGUUACAAAUAAUGUUUUUGCUACUUCUCAACAUAUUUCAUAUACAGCAGUACUUACUGUACCAAUCAAGGAACAUUUCAGUUUUUACAUAAUUUGUAAAGUGCAUAGAAAAUGCAAAUAGCAUUGUACCUGCUGCAGUCAGUAGUUGUUGCAGGUGUUAAGCCAUGUUGAAAUUUGCCACAAAAUGAAUAUCCUACUUUUCCCAAAAAUAAUUGUUGAAGUUAGAAUGCGAGUGAUGUUAAAAUAGUUUUUCUUUUUUUUUUUUUUUAACAUUGUGUGCUUUUUAUUUGAACUACAGUAAAACUUUUGACUAACUGAAAUUGAAUGGCAUUGGUCUUAAUUCUGCCCAUUUAUCAACCGAAUCAUACCUAGAUGUUUUAUAUGUCCCGGCCUAGAAAAGUCCUUUAAUCUUGGUGUUAAUUUUGCUUAUACAAACCACUUCAGUUUAGUUGCCUUAUUCUGUUGAUUACAUUGUUUUUGUUAAGUCUGAGCUUUGUCAUGUCUGAAUUCUUCUAACACUGAAUCUGUUGUAAAAAUGUAUAUGUGCUACAAAUUUUAUUCAUAAUAAAAUAAGUUAUAGCCUAAUGUAAACUAUUAAACAUUUUUUGUAAAUUGCCUAAUUUAUUUUUUCAUUUAUGUACAGUUUCUUAUGUAAAUUUUUAAAAUACUUGUUGCGGCCUGUUCCAUAAACAUUCCGGUACCCUUUUCCUUAAUGCUUACUUGCAUGAAAGAAACUUGGGUUUUAUUUGCUUGUUUGUAUUGUAUGGCCAUUAAACCAACUUCAGUACUCUGCCUUCUUUACUCUGGUUUAGUUUUUUCUAGUUUUGUUUGUAUUCUAAAUGAAUAUUAGAACCAGGCUUUUUCCUACUUUCCAAAUAAAUUCUCUAAAUUGUUUACUAUGUGUGUCUUUUCAUUUUUUUUAUUUUGUAUAAUACUCCUGCUUUUCUAUUGUGAUUAAAUGUAAGAUUGUGUAGUUUUAGCUGAACCUAACUGUAAUAGAAUAUAAGUUCAAUAAGAGCAAGGACUUAGUGGAAGUUUUUACCUCUGUGUCCCCAGUGCCUGGCACAGAGUAAAUACUUGCUGAAUGAGUUACAGAAAAAGUGUCCUAAUUGCUAGUCCACCUUUACAAAAUAGAAGUGAUUAUAAUUGUCCCCACCUUCCACUCCCCCGCAUUAGAAAGCACAAAUGUUAGUUCUCAGAGCUGCAAACUCCCAAAAUUGAAGACUUCCUCAGAGUCAUUAAGAUGUGAAAACAAUUUCUUUUCCUUGAAAUGAGGCCAUAUUAAAUAUAUCCUAAUUUUUUUUUUAACAGGAAGUGAAUGUCUACAACAGAGUGGCUCUUACAGAUUCUUAGACGUUCUCCACAGGAGAGAUGCUAGCGCAGGUGUGGUAGGCAGUUUGGGAAGGCUGAUUUUAUACAUGUUUCCUCUAAACCAGAACUUCUUUUUCCCCCUCCGUAAAAACACCAACACUUCCUAUGAAUUUUAAACUUGAAUAAAAAACAUUAGGUAUGAACUGCUUUAAAAACACACCCCUGGACACCCUUUUAUAGCUCAGUAAUGAAGUCAUUCCUGAGGUUCACCCUUCAGCAAAAAUUGAAAAGGCCCAUAAAACAAGACUAAAUGGCCCAGGGGCAAGGAUGAGAAGGCAGGAGAUAGGAAAGCUGGUAAUGGGGAACCCAAGGCCAAGAAGGGGAGAGGGUUGACAUAGGGUUGGCAACCAGCGUCACAAAACAGUAUGUGUAUUGUUUAAUGAGAAACUGGUCUGCAGCCUUCAUCUAAAGUACAAUAUAAUGUAUAUUUUUUAAAGUAAAAAACUUUUUGCUGAAAAUUUAGUACAGAAAAAUACAAAUCAUAACAAAAAUCAUAAUAUGUCCAUGUGUGAGCAGUUGAAAUAAAUACGUACAUGAAAAUGAGUUAAUUCUAGUUUGGAUUCAUUUGUCCUUAAGCAGUGGGUAAUAUGGAUUUCUGUACAAUGUUUAUUAAAUCUGAAAAAGACCCCCCCACAAGAAAAAGUUAGAAAUUUGACCUCUGCAUUUUCAAAUUAUCUAUUUGAUUGUUUAGACUCCAGGCGUUUAAGGUUAGGAAUUUGACUACCAUGUGAAGUACAUAGGAACUGUUGUGUGCUGUCCAGUUGAUUUUGACUCAGUGACCACAUGUAAGAGUAGAACUGCCCCCAUAGGGUUUCUUAGGCUGUAAUCUUUACAGGAGCAGAUAACCACUGGUGGGUUCGGACCAGCAACAUUUUCGGUUAGCAGCCAAGUGCUUACCCAUUAUGCCACCAACCAAAAAAAAACCAAACUGUUUACAUGGAGUCGAUUCUGACUCAGUGACCCUAUAGGGCAGAGUAGAACUGGCCCAUAGGGUUUCCAAGGAGUGCCUGGUGGAAUCGAACUGGCCACCUUUUGGUUAGCAGCUGUAGCUCUUAAUCACUACACCACCAGGGUUUCCAUUAUGCCACCAGGACUCAAAAUAGAAACUAGGAUGGCUAAAGUAUGAGAUGGGGCUAAGAAAAGAAACGAUGAGUUUACUGUGGAAAUGACAGAUUUUCAGUGUAGUGUAGAUCUCCAGGUGUCAGACGUAUUGCAGGCAAUUGGAAAUACGUACUGAAGAGCAAAAAUUCAAGGGUACAGAAAUAAUUGAAAAUCCAUGUUAUCACCCACAUCAGGGACUUGUGUCUGCCAUCUUAAGAAUCUUAUUUUUUUAAGGCUUUCAUUCAAAAUAAACUUAUUCAGGAGAAGGGGGGGUGGAUUGUAUUAGCUUCUAUGCACAGAGCUAUGUAAAUUUUGAAAGCAAAAUGUCUGUGUUUCAUGUUUUGUUCCAAUCGGUGCAUUUAUUGAGCAAACAAAGUUAAUGUUUCUACAUCUAAAGUUAUUUGGCAGUGCUCGCUUCGGCAGCAUAUUUACUAAAAAUUGGAAUGCUACAGAGAAGAUUAGCAUGGCCCCUGUGCAAGAAUGACAUGCAAAUUUGUGAAGCGUUGCAUAUUUUUGUAUGAGACCACUACUACAAAAACUCAUGGAAAAAAGAUUUACAUAAAAAAACAAUCUUUGAAUGGAAAUUAAAAGAAUCCUAUCAGAUUAUUACAAAAAAUUGUACUCUAACAAAUUUGCAAACCUAGAAGAAAUGGAUGAAUUCCUGGAAAAACACUACCUACCUAAACUAACACAAUCAGAAGUAGAACAACUAAAUAGACCCAUAACAACAAAAAAAGAUUGAAACGGUAAUCAAAAAACUCCCAACAAAAAAAAGCCCUGCCCAGAUGGCUAUACUGCAGAGUUCUACCAAACUUUCAGAGAAGAGUUAACACCACUACUACUAAAGGUAUUUCAAAGUAUAGAAAAUGACGGAAUACUACCUAACUCAUUCUAUGAAGCCACCAUCUCCCUGAUACCAAAACCAGGUAAAGAUAUCACAAAAAAAGAAAAUUACAGACCUAUAUCCCUCAUGAACAUAAGUGCAAAAAUCCUAAACAAAAUUCUAGCCAGUAGAAUUCAACAACAUAUCAAAAAAAUAAUUCACCAUGACCAAGUGGGAUUUAUACCAGGUAUGCAAGGCUGGUUUAAUAUUAGAAAAACCAUUAAUGUAACCCACCAUAUAAAUAAAACAAAAGACAAAAACCACAUGAUCUUAUCAAUUGAUGCAGAAAAGGCAUUUGACAACGUCCAACACCCAUUCAUGAUAAAAACUCUCAGCAAAAUAGGAAUUGAAGGAAAAUUCCUCAACAUAAUAAAGGGCAUCUAUAAAAAAAAAAAAAAAACACACUUUUUUUUUUUUAUGCAAAGCCAACAGCCAACAUCACUCUAAAUGGAGAGAGCCUGAAAGCAUUUCCUUGAGAACGGGAACCAGACAAGAAUGCCCUUUAUCACCGCUCGUAUUCAACAUUGUGCUAGAAGUCCUAGCCAGAGCAAUUAGGCUAGACAAAGAAAUAAAGGGCAUCCGGAUUGGCAAAGAGGAAGUAAAAUUAUCUCUAUUUGCAGAUGACAUGAUCUUAUACACAGAAAACCCUAAGGAAUCUUCCAGAAAACUACUGAAACUAAUAGAAGAGUUUGGCAGUCUCAGGUUAUAAGAUAAACAUACAAAAAUCACUUGGGUUCCUCUACAUCAACAAAAAGAACACCGAAGAGGAAAUAACCAAAUCAAUACCAUUCACAGUAGCCCCCAAGGAGAUAAAAUACUUAGGAAUAAAUCUUACCAAAGAUGUAAAAGACCUAUACAAACAAAACUACAAAGCUCUACUACAAGAAAUUAAAAAGGACAUACUUAAGUGGAAAAACAUACCUUGCUCAUGGAUAGGAAGGCUUAACAUAGUAAAAAUGUCUAUUCUACCAAAAGCCAUCUAUACAUACAAUGCACUUCCGAUCCAAAUUCCAAUGUCAUUUUUUAAGGUGAUAGAGAAACAAAUCACCAACUUCAUAUGGAAGGGAGAGAAGCCUCGGAUAAGCAAAGCAAUACUGAAAAAGAAGAAGAAAGUGGGAGGCCUCACUCUACCUGAUUUCAGAACCUAUUAUACAGCCACAGUAGUCAAAACAGCCUGGUACUGGUACAACAACAGACACAUAGACCACUGGAACAGAAUUGAGAGCCAAGAUAUAAAUCCAUCCACAUAUGAGCAGCUGAUAUUUGACAAAGGCCCAGUGUUAGUUAAUUGGGGAAAAGAUAGUCUUUUUAACAAAUGGUGCUGGCAUAACUGGAUAUCCAUUUGCAAAAGAAUGAAACAGGACCCAUACCUCACACCAUGCACAAAAACUAACUCCAAGUGGAUCAAAGACCUAAACAUAAAGACUAAAACGAUAAAGAUCAUGGAAGAAAAAAUAGGGACAACCUUAGGAGCCCUAAUACAAGGCAUAAACAGAAUACAAAACAUUACUAAAAAUGACGAAGAGAAACCAGAUAACUGGGAGCUCCUAAAAAUCAAACACCUAUGCUCAUCUAAAGACUUCACCAAAAGAGUAAAAAGACCACCUACAGAUUGGGAAAAAAUUUUCAGCUAUGACAUCUCUGACUCUAAAGCGCCUGAUCUCUAAAUGAUUCUGUUAAAACCCAACCACAAAAAGACAACCCAAUUAAAAAUUGGGCAAAGGGUAUGAAAAUGCACUUCACUAAAGAAGAUAUUCAGGCAGCUAACAGAUACAUGAGAAAAUGCUCUCGAUCAUUAGCCAUUAGAGAAAUGCAAAUUAAAACUACGAUGAGAUUCCAUCUCCAACAAGGCUGGCAUUAAUCCAAAAAACACAAAAUAAUGUUGGAGAGGUUGCGGAGAGAUUGGAACUCUUAUACACUGCUGGUGGGAAUGUAAAGUGGUACAACCACUUUGGAAAUCUAUCUGGUGUUUCCUUAAAAAGUUAGCAAUAGAACUACCAUACAACCCAGAAAUCUCACUCCUCGGAAUAUACCCUAGAGAAAUAAGAGCCUAUACAUGAACAGAUAUAUGCACACCCAUGUUUAUUGUAGCACUGCUUACGAUAGCAAAAAGCUGGAAGCAGCCAAGGUGUCCAUCAAUGGAUGAAUGGAUAAAUAAAUUAUGGUAUAUUCACACAAUGGAAUACUACGCAUCGAUAAAGAACAGUGAUGAAUCUGUGAAACAUUUCAUAACAUGGAGGAACCUGGAAGGCAUUAUGCUGAGUGAAAUUAGUCAGAGGCAAAAGGACAAAUAUUGUAUAAGACCACUAUUAUAAGAUCUGAGAAACAGUUUAAACUGAGGAGAACACAUUCUUUUGUGGUUACGAGAGGGGGAAAGAGGGAGGGUGGGAGAAGGUUAUUUACUGAUUAAAUGGUAGAUAAGAACUGCUUUAGGUGAAGGGAAGAACAAUACUCAAUACAGGGAAGAUCAGCUCAGCUGGACUGGACCAAAAGCAAAGAAGUUUUCUGGAUAAACUGAAUGCUUCGAAGGUCAGUGGAGCAAGGGCGGGGGUUUGGGGACCAUGGUUUAAGGGGACUUCUAAGUCAAUUGGCAAAAUAAAUUCUAUUAAGAAAACAUUCUGCAUCCCACUUUGAAAUGUGGCGUCUGGGGUCUUGAAUGCUAACAAGCGGCCAUCUAAGAUGCAUCAAUUGGUCUCAACCCACCUGGAUCAAAGGAGAAUAAAGAACACCAAGGUCACAAGAUAAUUAUAAGCCCAAGAGACAGAAAGGGCCACAUGAACUAGAGACUUACAUCAUCCUGAGACCAGAAGAACUAGAUGGUGCCCGGCCACAACCAAUGACUGCCCUGACAGGGAACACAACAGAGAACCCCUGAGGGAGCAGGAGAUCAGUGGGAUGUAGACCCCAAAUUCUCAUAAAAAGACCAGAUUAAUGGUAUGGCUGAGAUUAGAAGAAUCCCGGCGGUCAUGGUCCCCAAACCUUCUUGUUGGCCCGGGAUAGGAACCAUUGCCAAAGACAACUCAUCAGACAUGGAAUGGACUGGACAAUGGGUUGGAGAUGCUGAUGAGGAGUGAGCUACUUGUAUCAGGUGGACACGAGACUGUGUUGGCAUCUCCUGUCUGGAGGGGAGAUAGGAAGGUAGAGAGGGUUAGAAACUGGCAAAACGGUCACGAAAGGAGACACUGGAAAGAGGGAGCAGGCUGACUCAUUAGGGCGAGAGUAAGUGGGAGUAUGGAGUAAGGUGUAUAUAAGCUUAUAUGUGACAGACUGACUUGAUUUGUAAACUUUCACUUAAAGUACAAUAAAAAUUAUUUUAAAAAAAGAAAGAAAAAGCAGGACAAAUGUAAACUAGAAAAGUCAGAGCAACAAGUGGAAAUAUUUCCACAAAUAAAUACAAAUGGACUAAAUUUGCCUAUUAAAAAGACUGUUUGAUUCGGUUUGAAAGUUAAAAAAAAAAAAAGGGGGGGCUUUUAUAA